AUGGGAAGGAUUUUUAUAGAGCAUAUGGGUGGGAAUAGGGUAAUACACUGUCAAUACUGUGAGACGCCACUCACAAAUCGAAGCGAAAUACUGAGUACUCGUUUUACUGGGGCUACCGGUCGUGCUUUCUUAUUCAACCGUGUGGUAAAUAUAGUUCACAGUGACAUACAGGACCGUGUUAUGCUGACUGGUCGUCAUCUCGUAAGAGACGUCGUAUGCAUAAAGUGCAAUACUAAAUUGGGUUGGAUGUAUGAACAUGCCAUGGAGGAAAGCCAGAGGUACAAGGAAGGCAAAGUCAUAUUGGAAAGAGCGCUAAUAAUGGAGACGGAAGGUAUACCUGAUCCGCUUGGAGAGGAUCAGUAGUAAUUCAAGCAUAAUUUUUGUAAACUUAUUCUACUUCUAACUUUGUCUGUCGGGACUGGAGCUGCUCGUAGACGUAGGUAUUUCUGAAUGAUUCCAUUUUUCAAGCAUCGAGUGUUGAAAAUACGAUGAUUUUCAUAUCUUACUUCACUUUGCAAAAGUCGAGUGAGUUUAUAGAUUAUUCUUCGUCCAGGAAGACAGGAAGUCAUAUUAAUAUAUGUGUAAAACUUGGGCACUGUGAUAGAAAAUAAUUCCAUAUUAGUUUGUUUAUUAGAUAUAUCACACAGUGAAACAGUAUUAUCUACUGGAUGACGUUUCGAAGACAAUUUGUUGUGGUUCAUAAUCAUAUUAAUUACCAAUAAUCAAGGUCAGAUUGUUAUUACGAAAACUUUGUACUGUCGAGUACAAGAAAUAUGUCAAAUUCAUCCUGCCAAAGAACUCACGUGACAUAUCUUUCGACGAGACAACCACCGUUCUCCCAAAUUUUCGGUGAACAGUUAUCCAUGUUUAAUAUUCGGUUUCAAUGUUCUCAGUUAACAAGAAUGCCUCCCGAUGAUUAUGUCACUUAUGCUGGGAAAGUAAAGAAGGUACUGUGGUUCAUGGCAUUUCGUCAAGUUUUGUCCUUUCAAGAAACAAAUGUCACCGUUUUGGACAUAAAGAUGGUUACUGUCCACCACAAAAGAACUCUUCGAUGAGAAACAAACGUAGUCCUAUCAAGCCGAAACAACUCUCCCGAGGACAGACCAUUUUUGCAAAGCCCAGAGUCGAUUUUGCCAGUAAACGAAAGUACCUUACCCUACCUAUUAAUGGCAAACCUAUUCGUCUUCAGUUGGAUAUAGCAUUAAAUAUCACCUUAAUUUCGCGCAAUACACGGCGCAUACUUGGGUGCCCACAGAUUCUUCCAAUAGAGCAUAUCGCUAAGAACACCUCUGGAGAUGAGCUGAAAACUCAUGGGUAAGAUCAACUGCUACGCUCAGUUUGGUGAGCAUGAAUUCCAUGGUGUAUGUUAUCUCAUCAAGAUAUCACGAUUUGAAUUUAGUUAGUCUUGACUGGUUAGAUAAGCUCAAUCUCCCAAAUACGCCAUUAAAUUCGAACGUGUUGUCUUAACCAAACGACUUCACUUCAAGUCGUGCUUCACGUACAUCUCUGUUGCAAUAUUCGCGUCAAAAGCAUUCUCCAGUCUGCUGGGAAAAUCGUGGCUGCUGCAAGUUAAGUCAGAUAUCUUCUACUGUGAAGCCGAAUAUUAAGCUGGUUUUCCAUCCUAAACAUCCAAUUCAGCAUCAAUCGGAAUCCCAUAGACAAGGUGACUGCUACGUCCUUGCCUCCAAGCGUGUUUUCAAGAAAGCAAAGGGGGGAGGGAACAAGGAGAGAGAUCUUAGAUAGAUUUUUGCUGCCUUAUCAUACGGCACCCAAUACUUCUGCAUCAGAUAAGUUAUCUUCGGCAAGAAUUAUUUUUGAUCGAAAAGUCAAAACUUCUUCAACCAUAUCCAAAAGACAGUCGUACACUUUUUACAGAGGGAGGUGAUAGGAUCCCGCAUAAAACAGUAUAUCAUGCCUUCUCACGCAUGUCGUGACUUGUAUGAUCAAUUAUUUCCCCACGGCUGUGAACCGACUUUAUUGUUUUAAAAAUAUAUAAUUACCAUGUUUCAUUUUCCUAAUAAAUAUACAGUACAGCACAGUAUCUUACAGUCACAGACUGGCUUUUGUAUUUUGAUAUUCGCGUGACUCAGUGAAUCAAAGGGGAAACAAACGAACAAAUAGGCAUAUUAGGGUACCAGUCGAGUUCAUUACCGUUAUAACCAAUUAGCAGGGGCAGACGUAAGAUUAUGUGAUUCAGAGAAACUGUCAUACUGUUUUUGAUUGGUCUAAAACCUUUGACUUUUUUCAUUUUGACACUUUUGGGUCUAAAAUUGCUUCUCAUGCUGUUUUCUUUCAUGGUCAUGCACUACUUCAGCGACUAAUACCAUUACUGCAACUAACGGUAGGACCGAUAGCUGCUACCUUGACGUGGAGGUCGGGCUUGCACAUCGCGAUAACCCAACAAGCUACAGUGGCUGGAACCAAUGUUCCUUCAGGUCCUACCAUGCCACGAAGGUUAAGACAGCGAUUAGACUAAA